GCCUGGCGCGCUAACUUCCUUCCGGUCCUACAGAAUCGCAACCUUAGAAAAUAGAUAGGGGCCGUACCGCACCUGCAGGGGUUCAGGGGGGAGGAGGAUAAAGACAGGCUCCACCAGCUGAACCUCGGCCGGCCGCAACCCAAAAGAAGCGAAGUCAUCAACCUUCCAACUAACACCGGAAACCGGCCUCAUCGCCUACGCCCGGGAAACUUUUAACUAAACACGGCAUUUGUUUCUUUAAGGAAAGAGACAAAGCCAAAAUUAAAAUGGAGGUACUCGACCCGGCGACCGGCCGACCGCUCCCCUCCGACGCCAUCCAGAGGGUGCUCUUCAUAGCGAACUCCGUGCACGUCUAUAACAUCCCGCCGAUGACGCCCGGCAAGGGCCACGUCGCCGCGAGCUGGACGGCCGACGACGGGAAGCGGCAGAUCUUCACCGCGCGGGUGCGCGUAAUCGAGACCGCUAUCCCCGCAACCGAGGACGGCGGCGACGAGAAGGUGAAGACGGAUAUCGCACUCGAGGACGCUAGCAACGGCAGCCUAUUCGCCGCCGCACCCUACACCGCCGUCGCCGUCGUCGAGCCCGUCUCCGACAGCUCGCGCUUCUUUGCCCUGCGCGUGCAGGACGAGGCUGGCCGGAAAGCCACGCUUGGCAUCGGCUUCGAGGAGAGGAGCGAGGCCUUCGAUUUCGGCGUCUCCCUACAGGAGGCCCAGAAGACUCUUGGUUGGGCCGGUACCGCUGGCAAAAAGCCGGCUGCCGUCGAGCGCAAGGAUAGCGCCGAGAAGCGCGACCUCAGUUUGAAAGACGGCGAGACGAUCACGAUUAACUUGCCCGGCAGGUUUGGCAGACGGAAGCCAGAGCCGCCUCCGAAAUUUUCUAAUGACGAUGCUCUCUCGUCAUUUUCGCUGCCUCCGCCUCCCGGUGGCGGCUCGGGUAUUCUUCCGCCGCCGCCACCAGCCGCCACCAGCGCACGAGCGAAACGAUUGUCCGCGCAGAAGUUGGGUUUCGAUGAUGGGAAAUUUGGAGAAUUCGCUUAAGUUAUUACUACCAGUCUAGAUGGUUCCUAGCUACGAUUCAUUACUGUGAUAGACUAUGUUGGAAACGUGUCCUUGGUAAUAGUCUUCCUCUCAAGGCGAUUUAGGACAAAAUGAAUUGAUAUUAUGCACACCGAGACUAAGAUACACUGUUCCUCUACAAUCUUUGGAAGGAGUCAACUACUAAUUCAAAUUACGUAUCAA